AUCUCACUCUGUUGUCCAAACUGAUAAAGUCCAGAAGUCUAGAAACAGCAAGGGACUCCCUUCCUCUGUUAUAUGUAAGCUGACAAGAGGCAGACAAACACGUUCUGAAGUUUUGUGCAUGCUGCGUUUUCUCUCCUUGCUGCAACAAGAAAAGCCUUUGUUUUCCAACCUGGCAACCUUUGAAGAAGUGACUCAGACAUCUUCAUGGCCUCUAAAGAUGCCCAGAACCAAAGAAGAGAUCUGACUGGUUUUCUUCCUGGAGCUCCAGACCCAGACCAAAGCCUUCCUGCCUCUUCCAAUCCAGGGAACCAAGCAUGGCAGCUGAGUCUCCCUCUGCCAAGCAGUUUCCUGCCAACAGUCAGUCUCCCUCCCGGUCUAGAAUAUUUAAGCCAGUUAGACCUGAUAAUUAUACACCAGCAGGUGGAGCUGCUUGGAAUGAUACUUGGUACUGAGACCUCCAACAAAUAUGAGAUUAAAAACAGUUUGGGACAAAGAAUUUACUUUGCAGUGGAGGAAAGCAUCUGCUUCAAUCGUACUUUCUGUUCCUCUCUGCGAUCUUGCACCCUGAGGAUCACAGAUAACUCAGGUCGAGAGGUCAUUACAGUGAACAGGCCCUUGAGAUGUAACAGCUGCUGGUGCCCUUGCUACCUACAAGAGUUAGAAAUCCAAGCCCCUCCUGGUACUAUAGUUGGUUACGUUACGCAGAAGUGGGACCCCUUUCUGCCUAAAUUCACAAUCCAAAAUGCAAACAAAGAAGAUAUUUUGAAAAUUGUUGGUCCUUGUGUGACAUGUGGCUGUUUUGGCGAUGUGGAUUUUGAGGUGAAAACCAUUAAUGAAAAGCUUACAAUUGGGAAGAUUUCAAAGUACUGGUCAGGAUUUGUAAAUGAUGUCUUCACAAAUGCUGACAAUUUCGGAAUUCAUGUUCCUGCAGAUCUAGAUGUAACAGUCAAAGCAGCAAUGAUCGGUGCCUGUUUUCUCUUUGAUUUUAUGUUCUUUGAACAUUCACUGGCUGGAUUAUAAUAACCAAGAUAAUGAAAACAAUAAAAUAUGCAGAACAUAUUUCA